AUGUCUACUCCGUCUAAAAGGCCCUCGUCACGGGCCUCUUCAGAAGCUGCAACGCCAUCACGUACGAGAGCUUCAUCACAACAAAUUAUUGUACCGGAGACUCCUCAACGCUCAUCUGGUACUCCAUCGAAAGAUGGUGCCCCAGGUACACCCAGAGGUGCUCCAAGGACUCCCAAUCGUCAUGUACCAGGCACUUCACCUGCAAGAGCACUGCCAUCUAGUCCUCUUGGGACAGAUAUUGAGAUGAGUUCACCGUUAAACUAUGGAACACCAAGUUCACUGAGCACUCCUCGGUCAACGAUGAGAGGAGCUAUGACACCAGCAAGGCAGAGGGCUGACCUCAGGGGCCACCAACUAGCUCCAAAUGUGCCUGUGCCAACCCCCACUUCACAGCCUGCAGGUGCUGAUACAGCAACCAGUGAGCCGCAAUUGGUAGUGUGGGGUACAGAUGUAGCUAUCGCAGAAUGUCGAGAGAAAUUCAUCAAGUUUAUACAGAGAUUUGUCGAGCCCACUGCUGUUACAAACGAACCGUUGUAUGAGCUGAAAUUGGAAGAGAUCCAUACCCUUGAAGAGCCAUUCCUUGAGGUAGAUUGUGAACAUGUGAGGAUAUUCGACUCAAAGUUGCAUAGACAGUUUGUUUGCUAUCCACAAGAGGUGAUCCCAGCAUUUGAUGCAGCCGUAAAUGAGUUAUUUUUUGAAAAAUAUCCAGCUGCAGUACUAGAGCAUCAAAUUCAAGUACGCCCUUAUAAUGCACCGAAAAGGCACAUGAGAGAUUUGAAUCCGGAAGAUAUCGAUCAGCUAGUAACAAUAUCAGGAAUGGUGAUCCGGACAUCCACAAUAGUGCCGGAGAUGAGGGAAGCGUACUUCAAAUGUGCUGUAUGUGGGGCAGCUGCUGUGGCAGAGUUGGAACGUGGUCGUGUUCCUGAACCAGCGCAUUGUUCUCACUGCAAUACAGCACACAGCUUCCAGCUGAUACACAAUAGGUCUCACUUCAGUGAUAAACAGCUGGUUAAGCUUCAAGAAGCCCCAGAUGACAUGCCAGCUGGUCGCACCCCAGCUACAGUGAGUGUGAUGGCUCACGGGGCCCUGGUGGAAGGAGUAGGCGCUGGUGAAAGGGUCGCGGUGACCGGUGUAUUCAGAGCUGCGCCCGCGUCGGUCAAUCCUCGGCGCGCGACGUUGCGGGCGCUACAUCGUACACACAUAGAUGCCUUGCACUACCGCAAGACACAUUCGGAUAGAUUGCAUGAUUGCGAAGAUGGUAAAGAACAUCAGUUUCCACCGGAGCGCGUGGAAAUGUUCAAAACCUUGGCUUCGCAACCGGAUUGCUACGAGAGACUCGCUAGAGCUAUAGCGCCCUCUAUCUACGAGAAUUUGGACAUUAAGAAAGGAGUACUACUUCAACUGCUGGGUGGGACUAAAAAGAACUUCAAUGCCGCUGGACGGACGCAUUUCAGAUCAGAAAUCAACAUACUUCUAUGUGGUGACCCUGGAACUAGUAAGUCUCAGCUGUUACGUUGGGUGCAUUCGCUGGUACCACGAGCCCAAUACACUUCGGGGCGAGGUUCUUCUGCUGUGGGUCUAACCGCUUAUGUGACUAAGGACCCAGAUACUCGCCAACUUAUAUUGCAGACAGGCGCUUUGGUGCUGGCUGAUAACGGAAUCUGUUGCAUUGAUGAGUUCGACAAGAUGAAUGAUUCAACGCGUAGCGUUCUUCACGAGGUAAUGGAACAGCAGACACUAUCAAUAGCGAAGGCCGGUAUAAUAUGUCAACUUAACGCUCGCACUUCCAUCCUCGCUGCUGCCAAUCCGGCUGAAUCCCAGUGGAACAAGAAUAAGACUAUAGUAGAAAAUGUGCAGCUACCACACACCUUGAUGUCAAGAUUCGAUCUAAUAUUCUUAGUCUUGGACCCGCAAGAUGAAGUCUUUGACCGGCGGCUUGCUUCACAUUUGGUAUCUCUCUACUAUCAAGACCCAACUGAAGCGCAAGAAGACGAAGAUAUCGUUGGCAUGAGUUUGAUGCGCGACUACUUGGCUUUCGCUAAAGAACAUGUACACCCUACACUCAGCGAGGCGGCACAACAAAGGCUUAUCGACGCUUACGUUGAUAUGAGGCGUGUUGGAAGCGGGCGAGGCCAAAUAUCUGCCUACCCACGUCAACUGGAAUCUCUAAUUCGGUUAGCAGAAGCCCACGCGAAAGUGCGACUUUCGUCCGUUGUUGAUAUCAAGGAUGUUGACGAAGCAGCACGUUUACACCGGGAAGCGCUCAAACAAUCAGCAACAGACCCAGCGUCGGGUCGUAUCGACGUGGGUAUCCUCACAACUGGACUUGGCGCUGCCGCACGACGUCGUCGAGCUGAUCUGGUCGCAGCUGUUAAAGAGAGCAUCGAGCCGCUAACACGACCAACUACCCUCACGCACGCAAAAUUAUUGCAACGAAUCAAUACCGCUUCUCAAAUUACUGUCACACGCGAACAGCUGGACGAAGCAUUACGAGAUUUACAGGACGAAGGAAAAGUGACGGUAGUCAGUUCUACGCAUAUCAGGAUUAUUUAA